AUGAGUAUCGGCGCCGCAGCCCACCUCGUCAGCCUCAAUUCCGCCGUCUCCAAUCUCGCUCGCUCCCGCAGGAGCUGGGAGGCCCUCCGUAUCUUCACCCAGAUUCAGUCCUCCUACCGCCUGUCGCCGGACCACUACUCCCUCGUCGGCGCCUUCACCGCUUGCGCCAACCUUCGCGCCAAUGCCGCGGCAACGCAGCUCCACGCCUUCGCCGUCCGGUCCGGGCUCCUGUCCUUCCGCCAUGUCGCCAAUUCACUCCUCGCCGUUUACUCCAGCACAGGCGAACAAGAGAUCGCCCACCAACUGUUCGGCGAGAUCUCCUCCCCUGACGUCUACUCACGCACCACGCUCCUCUCAGCCUUUGCGAGGUCCGGGGAGGUCCGUCGCGCCCUGCAGCUUUUCGACCAAAUGCCGCAAGGGGAGGUGGCGCUAUGGAAUGCAUUGAUCACAGGGUUUGGAGAGAAUGGGCACGGGGAGUCCGCCCUCCGGCUGUUCCGCAGGAUGCGCCAGGCGGGUGUUGAGACUGAUCAGUACGCCGUUGCCAGUAUUUUGAGCUUAUGCGACUCGCCGGAGUCGUCGGAUCUCGGCAGGCAGCUCCACCCGGUGGCUGUGAAAGCUGGGUUUGACAUGGCCAGGGCCUCCGUGGUCAACGCCCUCGUGACCAUGUACUUCAACGUGGGGAUGAUCGCUGAGGCGCUGGAUCUAUUUGCAGAAGCUGCAGCUGUAGCAGGCAAUGAGAUCACAUAUAACGCAGUCAUAGCAGGGCUUACGAGCUGGGGAAGGGGUGAGGAGGCGGCCUGGGUCCUCAAGGAGAUGUUGGGAUCUGAAGCUUGUUUCAGGCCUACCGAGUUGACUCUGGUGAGUAUUCUGAGCGCAUGCUCAUCUGAGGAAAUGGGACGGCAAGUCCACGCUUUAGCCGUGAGAACAGGCCUCGAUGAUUCUGCGCUGGUUGGCAACGCCGCGGUCACAAUGUACUCCAACUGCGGGAAUCUGACCGAUGCUCGUUUAGUGUUCGACACGAUCAUGGACAAGGACCUGGUCUCUUGGAAUUCUAUGCUUUCAGGUUACAGUCAACGGGGUCGCCAUGAAUCAGGUUUCGAGGUCUACCGAGGGAUGCAGACGGCUGGGUUUCGGCCGGAUGAGUUCACCUAUGGAAGCCUCUUGGUUUGUUCUGAAGUUUUGGAUCAUGUAAACACGAUUCUCGCUCUAGUGAACAAGAACGGACUGACCGACAGCACCCACGUUUGCAAUUCCCUGAUCGUCGCGUAUGGAAAGCAUGGAGAGGUCCAUAAUGCCUACGCGAUAUUCUGCGGAAUGUUCUUGAGGAACCUCAUCUCUUGGAAUUCGGUUCUAUCUGGCUGCGUGUUGAACGGCCGUCCAUGGAUGGGCCUGGAGCUUUUUUCUGCUUUCAUGGCAUCUGCGCAUUGCCCGAAUGAGUACACCCUCAGCAUCGUCCUCAGCACUUGUGGUAGCAUAUCGGCUCUGAGACCUGGAAAGCAGGUCCACGCCCACGUGGUCAGAACUUGCUCCGAGUCUGAAAUUUCGCUGGCGAAUGCGCUCAUUACCAUGUACGCCAAAUGUGGGGAUCUGGACUCAUCUUCUGGGGUUUUCUACGGGAUGCCCGAGAAGAAUAUAAUCUCCUGGAAUGCGAUGCUAGCUGCUUAUGCGCAGAACGGAGAUGGAGAACGAGCCCUCUCCUGCUUCAGAGAUAUGCAGGAUCUGGGUGUUCGGCCAGAUGGCGUCACGUUCAUCAAUGUCCUCUCUGGAUGCAGCCAUGCUGGUCUGGUCAGUGAGGCCCGCUGGAUCUUGUCUUCCAUGAUCGAUCAACACGGGAUAGAACCUGGAGUGGAUCACUAUUCCUGUGUCAUCGAUCUGCUAGCUCGAGCAGGGCACAUGGAGGAGGCUGAGACCCUGAUCGAGAGCUUGCCGCAAGAAAUGGACUCCCGUCUCUGGUGGGCACUGCUCAGUUCUUGCAUCACCCACGGACAUGUAAGACUCGGAAGGAUUGCAGCUAAUUCUCUGCUGGAGAAGGAGCCUGGGAAUCCGGCGAUCUACGUGCUGCUAUCCAACCUCAAUGCCGCCGCUGGCCAAUGGGAAGAGGCUUCCGCCAUGAGGAAGCAAAUGAGGAUGAGCGGAGCUCUGAAGCAGCCGGGUUGCAGCUGGCUUGAGCUGCAGGGUUGA